AUGACUGGUCAAUCUAAGCCUGCGCGCCUUUCCCCAUGGGGUAGCGCUGUUGCAGGUGCAACGGGCGCGGUGUUGGCAAAUUCUAUUGUAUACCCAUUAGAUCUAGUCAAGACGAAAUUACAAGUCCAAGUAAAACAAAAGGAUUCCGACGGAACUGGAACUGACGAUGAAGAACACUAUGAAUCUACUAUCGAUGCGAUCACGAAGAUUGUCGAGAAGGAGGGACUAACCGGUCUAUACUCGGGGAUUGCAGGCUCACUUCUCGGUGUGGCCUCGACUAACUUCGCUUACUUCUACUGGUAUAGCGUGGUUCGCACUCUCUACAUGGCCUCCAACAAAACACCCAAGCCUCCUGGAACCGCUAUCGAGCUCAGUCUCGGUGCAGUCGCAGGUGCGGUAGCUCAGAUCUUCACCAUUCCUGUAUCUGUGAUUACCACUCGGCAACAAACACAACCUAAAAGCGAGAAGAAGAGUCUGAUUGAGACCGGUCGUGAGGUUGUCGAGAGUGAAGAUGGGUGGACUGGAUUAUGGCGAGGCCUAAAGGCUAGUUUAAUCCUAGUCGUCAAUCCUGCCAUUACCUACGGUGCAUACCAGCGAUUGAAAGAGGUCUUCUUCCCAGGCAAGAACAAUCUGAAGCCCUGGGAGGCUUUCUUCCUUGGCGCCAUGUCCAAGGCUCUUGCGACAAUCGCUACUCAACCUCUCAUCGUUGCCAAGGUGGGCUUGCAAUCUCGCCCACCACCGGCUCGCAAGGGCAAGCCCUUCAAGACCUUCGGUGAGGUCAUGAGGUAUAUCAUUGAAAACGAGGGUAUCAUGUCCCUGUUCAAGGGCAUUGGCCCACAAAUCACAAAGGGCCUUUUAGUACAGGGCUUGCUUAUGAUGACCAAGGAAAGGUAG